AAAUAUCAUGUAAGAGGAGGUAGGCAGAUCUGAUCUUUCAAAGGUUGAUAAAAUGUUUUCUGAUAUCUCUGUGAAGAGGACAUUCAAGGACAAAAGUGAAAGUUAUUAUGCGGAAGUGGUUAUUGGAAUAGUAUGCGGGUGUGUGAUACUUGGUAUCGCUUUGUAUUUUUUCCUCGACUGCUGCAUGUGCUGGAGCCGAAGAAGACGGACCACUUCUGGUUUAAAACUCAAUAACUCAUCAACACAGCAUACGACCAUUACACCAAAUAAUUCGGCAGGAAUUCUGUUACCCCCACAACUAAAUCAUUACGAUGGGCAGUACUACACGGCGUUUCAUGAUGAAAUGGGAGUCCAUGGCCAAACAUAUGGCAAUUCGUCUCUGCCACACAAAGAGGAAUCGGUUCCGUUUUACGAAUGAAUGGUUGGUCAACAUGUAAUUAUCUCCUCUCCAUACCAAAUUGGAAAAAACAUUUCGAACACAGCAUUACCUCCGCCAUGCAGAACCUGAAAUAAACUACAACCACUUUCAAACUACGAAUCAACCCGUUUGUUCUGUAUUUUUUUUGGUCAUAAAAUUGUUAUGUAAAGUUUCAAAAUGUUUUGAAUUUCUUGAUUUUAGCUGACUAAAUUUAUGCCAUGCAGUAAUCUCUCUGUUUCUUUGUUCACUUGUUUUACUUUUCACGAUAAGUAAUAUACAAUAAAUACAAAUAUAUACAAUAAA